GAAAAGUCAAUUUUUGACAGACGGAAAACGGAAGUAUUACUUCUAGUACUUCCUUCAAUACAGCGUUUGAUAUUGACAGUCCUUUUACCUUCGGCGAGUGUAUCGAAAUAGACGUGUAAGAUGAAGUUGAACGUAUCGUUCCCCGCUACUGGGGCCCAAAAGACUUUUGAAGUCAUGGACGAUCAUAAGCUGCGUCAUUUUUACGACAAGCGAAUGGGCGCUGAAAUCACCGCUGAUCAUCUCGGUGAUGAAUGGGCUGGCUACGUCUUCAAGAUUGCCGGUGGAAACGAUAAGCAGGGUUUCCCCAUGAAACAAGGCGUCCUCACCAACACCCGUGUCCGUCUGUUGUUAAAGAAAGGACAUUCUUGCUACCGCCCACGCCGCACUGGUGAGCGCAAACGUAAAUCUGUCCGUGGUUGCAUUGUGGACCAGAACUUGUCGGCUUUGGCGCUCAUUGUUGUGAAGAAGGGCGAGAAGGACAUUCCCGGACUGACCGACAUCACUGUUCCCCGUCGCCUAGGACCUAAGCGUGCGAGCAACAUUCGUAAGCUGUACAAUCUAACCAAGGAAGAUGAUGUUCGUCAGUUCGUUGUGAAGCGUCCGUUGCCGGAGAAGGAGGGCAAGAAGCCACGUACCAAGGCGCCAAAAAUCCAACGUCUGAUCACCCCGGUUGUCUUGCAGCGCAAGAGACAUCGUCUUGCUAUCAAGAAGCGCCGUGUCGAGUCCCGAAAGGAGGCUGAAGCCGAGUACAUGAAGACAUUGGCUUUGCGUCGCCGCCAGGAACGCAUCCGUCGUCGGUCGCGUCUGUCUUCUAUGCGUGACUCGCGCAGUUCCAUUACCUCUGAUAAAGACAAGGAUAAGGCAGCAGUCAAAGCCGCUAAAAAGGUAGCCAAGAAGGAGGCCAAGAGAGAGGUUAAGAAAGUCACUGAAGCCGCUAAGAAGAGUGAUGGAAAGGCCGAAACGAAGCAAACUAAGAAACCCGAGAAGAAGGUUGACUCCAAGAAGUCCGAUGCCGGCAAGAAGGACAAAAAGGAGAAAAAAGAGAAGAAGGAGCAGAAAACGGUGAAGAAGGAGGCGCCAUCUGCCGCAAAGGAAGCCCCGAAGAGGAAACCCGAGGCAGCCAAGAGCGAAGCUAGUGCGGCCAAGAAAGAAAAGAAGCAGAAGAAGAAGUAAAUUGCUCCUUCCGUACCAGGAGGUUUUGUAAUUUAAUCUUAACGGUAAAAAUAUACACAGUUAAAAUCA